AUGUCUCCCAGAAUUACUAGAUCUUCUGCUCGGCAAGCAGCGAGUCUUGCAGCUUCAUCGACACCAUCCGCUGCCGGCGCCGAUCCCGCCGCGACCGCCCCUGCGCCGGCGACAUCCAGUCCUGAAAUCCCCCCGCCUACUACCUCGAGGAAGCGAAAGGCUCCAGCUCAAGCAGCCAGCCCUACUACGGGAACACAACCUCCAACAAGCGCCUCUACGAGACGAUCUAAGCGUCAAAAAGUAGCCGACGCUGCACCGCCUUCUCAGCCUCCUACUCAGGCGGCACCCACCCUGUCUCGGUCGAAGAAGAAGGGAAAAGCUUCCGCUGCCAUGUCGGGCCUAGGUAAUCCCCCAGACCUUGUGAAUGCUUCCGAGGACACCGCACCAUCGGCGUCUUCAAGCCGUAAGUCGAGCAGAAGCAAGAGGACUGCUCCGAGUGCUACAGACGCUGCUGCCAUCACAUCCAGCUCUUCUCGUCGAACGAAACGAAAUGCCACCAACAACGCCAAUCAAGACACCACGAUGACGGGUACGGACGACACAGAGAAGGAGUCCAUUCCUCACCCACCUCCACCUCCCCCGCCUGAACAUCAUGACGACGACGACGACGAUAGCGACGAGAACGACGAGGAUGAUGAUGAAGACCAAAGAUACGACGACGAGGACGAUGAUCCGUUUGGGGGGUUUGGCGGCCCUGGCGGCCCCGGCGGCUUGUCGAGCACUCUACGAGCACUCACCGGCAUGAUGUCGGGCAUUUCGUCACGCCUACGAGAGCUUCUCAAUAACCUGCGUCAGAAAGAUGACCCGUCGAUUCAGUUGAUUGCUCUACAGGAGUUGUCCGAGAUACUGUUGGUCUCGAACGAGGACAACCUUUCGGGGCACUUCUCGCCCGAUUCCUUCGUCAAGGAGUUGGUGAAUUUGAUGCAACCAAACGAGAUCACGGGAGAGGAGAACCCGGAAAUCAUGCUUCUUGCUUGCCGUUGCCUGGCAAACUUGAUGGAGGCACUGCCCGCAAGCGUGGCCAACGUUGUCUACGGAGGUGCUGUUCCGGUUCUAUGCCAGAAGCUUCUGGAGAUCUCGUUCAUCGAUCUCGCCGAGCAAGCCUUGAGCACCCUCGAGAAGAUCUCGGCCGAGUACCCCUCCAGCAUUGUUCGAGAGGGUGGUCUCACUGCCUGCUUGUCCUACCUCGACUUCUUUGCAACGAGUACACAGAGAACCGCCGUGACCACGGCUGCCAACUGUUGCAGGAACAUCCCUGAGGAUUCCUUCCCAGUCAUUCGGGAUGUCAUGCCGACCUUGCUCAAUGUAUUGGGUAGCAGCGACCAGCGAGUGGUGGAACAGGCCUCUAUCUGCGUCUCUGGAAUCGUCGAGAGCUUCAAGUACCAGUCCGCGAAGCUGGAAGAGCUCGUCAGUGUCGACCUGCUCAAGGCAGUCUUGAGACUGCUUGUGCCAGGUACCACCAAUCUCAUCAGAUCCGACAUUCACACCCAGUUCCUGCGCGUCUUGGCAUUUACAGCCCGCGCCAGCCCUCAGCUGUCGGCAGAACUGUUCAAGCUCAACGUCGUGGAGACCCUCUACCAGAUCUUGACUGGCGUAUCCCCGCCUAGCGGAACAGAAGACGUUGCCUCCAAGCUCGACAGUGUUGUCAUCAUGCAGGCAUUGAUUCAUCGGCCCAAGGAGCAAGUCAUUGAAACGCUUAACGUCAUCUGCGAGCUGCUCCCUAGCCUGCCUCGCAAUGCCGACCCUUCGUACGGCGACUUUGUUGAAAUGAACCCGACAGAGCCUAUUACUCCGUCAUCUACCGCGCCCGGGAAGGCACGUACCUCGCCGAACGAUAGGAGAAUCGAGCUUCUUGAUGGCUGCAAAGCCGAGGUCCGCCGCUUCGCUCUCAUUCUUUUCCCAACCUUGACCGAUGCCUUUUCGAGUACGGUCAACCUCAAUGUUCGUCAAAAGGUACUCACGGCGCAACUCAAGAUGCUUUCGAACCUCAAUGAGAAGAUCCUCGGCGAAGCCUUGAAGACAGUUUCAUACGCUUCUUUUCUGGCCUCUAUUUUGUCCCAGCAGGACCAUCCAUCGCUCGUCAUGCUUGCACUCCAGGCCACGGAACUUCUCCUCAGUCGCCUGGAAGAUGUUUACCGAUAUCAGCUGUACCGCGAGGGUGUAAUCUCAGAGAUCACGAAACUCGCCAUCGAGGAGAAGCCUUCCUUGCCGGCUCCGGAAUCGGUUGGAUCGCAAGAAAACAGCAACACCGAUCCACAGGCCUUCGUAAACUCUGGUGAUCGUUCGUCGGACAACGAGGAGUCUGAAGACGAAGAGGAUCACGAGGAAUCGGACGACGAGGAAAAUGAAGAGGACAACGAGAACGAGCCUCACCCAGACGACCUUUCGGGCUCACCAGUGAGCUCACACGGCUCGACUAUGUCGCUGGACGGACCGCCUCAGCAAUUCUUGUCCGAUGUCCCUUCAAUGCGGAGUAGGAUCCGUGAGGUGGCCAAGAAAUUCUUGGAGAGCCACGAGACCGAGAAGCAUGGUAAGGCCAUGAAGAAGAAGGCGACCAAGAUUCUAUCAAACCUGUCGGAUCUCGCCGAAGAGAUUGGGGCUUUUUACCUUCACAGAACGGCGACCAACCUUGCGCCCGAAAAGGGCGUCGAACUUUUCCAGAGGCUGGCGUCGUCUUUCGACGCGGAUGUUCUCGAGAGCGUCACAAGUGCAGAGCUUCUUGCCUCUGGUCUUGUCCGAGUUCUUUUGGAGGUCUUCAGCAACCCUGAUGAGGAGCUAGCCCGCACUGCACAGGCAGCCUUCCUGCAAGUAUUCAUGGGCUACACCGUCAAGUCCAAGCCGAAGACCGCAACUGCCGACUCGCCCGCAACACCCUUCAGUGUCAUGGUUCACAAACUUCAAGAUCUUCUCAGUAGGUCUGAGCAUUUUGAGGUUAUCACAGUCCACCAGAAUACCUUCGACGGCAAUCGCAGUAGCGCAGCGUCUAUGCUAGCGAAGCAAAUUCGAUUAAGACUCGUCGCCGAUGACGACUCUGAUAUUCCGCGGUCGUAUCGGAACAUCAUGGUCUCUAUCCACGCCAUUGCUACAUUUAAGUCGCUAGAUGACUACUUGCGUCCCAGAAUCAGCCUGUCGGAGCGGCCACGUGGCUCCCGGCGAGCCGACAACCUGUCCAGAGCUCUUGCCUCACUUGCAGGUUCUGCAGGCUUGCCCCUGAGCCAUGCUGCUGCUAGACUUGCGGAACGCGCCUCAGCUGCCUCUGCGUCAAGCCCCAUCCCGCCCCCGCCCAGUGUGCCCACCCCUAGUGGCUCACGGUCUCUUCGCAAGACGAAAUCCAAGUCGGCACCGCAGCCUGAGACUGCAGCCACUCCUGACGCUACUUCAGCUGCGAGAGACAAGAGUGUUUUGAGAAGAUCUACUCGCCGUAGCGCGGCGUCUACUGCGGAAAGCCCUGUGCCUUCUCGGCCCCCUCCGGAAGAGGACGAUCUGGAGAACGCUCUUGAAUGCGCAGAUGAGAAGCACAUAUCUGACGACGAAGAGAUCGGCGGCAGCAGCGCCCUCGAUGCUAUUGUAGGCGAUUUGGAUGAGGAUAUGAGCGAGUCCUCUGUCCCCGAGCCUGGCGCUGUCAACAUGGAAAUCGCGGCGGGUGGUAGAGUUACUGCACGCAAGGACGACGGAACCAGAGUUCCCACGCCGUCACAAAGUGCUUUGCCUACUCGGUCUAGUGCUCUCCCUCCCCCGGCGGCACAGAGCACGCCCACGCCUGCGACCUCGUCAUCGCGACCCAUGUCCUAUGCUGCAGCUAUUCAAGCUGUCCCUCAAGACUGGCAUAUAGAGUUCACACUUGACGGCAAGGUCAUCCCGAGUGAGACGACCAUCUACCGUGCGGUCCAUACCUCAGCCGCCAAUUCUGAUGAGCAAUUCAGCCGGAGUGUGUGGUCAGCGGUCCAUCCAAUCAAGUUCCGACGUGCCCCUGGCCCACCGCCAGCGGAAACCCUGUCGUUCAGUUCAAACUCCGAGGCCAGCACUGAGGAAAAUGGAGAUGGAAGUGUACCGGCAUCCCUCGCCAAGCAUCCGUCUACCGCCUCGAUCCUCCGUCUCCUCAAUAUCCUUCACGAAUUGAACGCCAAUAUCGAAGAUGUUAUGGUCGAAAACAGCGAAAAGGACGCCGUCCGGCUCAACGUGGAGCCCCUGUCUCAGUUUGUCAAUACCAAGCUCACCGCUAAACUGAACAGACAGUUGGAGGAACCGCUUAUCGUGGCGAGUAACUGCUUGCCGAGUUGGGUAGAAGACCUUGCCAGACUGUAUCCUUUUCUUUUUCCCUUUGAGACGAGGCACUUGUUCUUGCAGUCGACGUCAUUCGGCUAUGCCCGUUCUAUGACUCGCUGGCAGAACGCUCAUUCUGCAGACGACUCUCGUCGCGAUCGUCGCGACGAUCGACCAUUCCUCGGUCGACUCCAACGUCAGAAGGUACGCAUCUCCAGAUCCAAGAUUCUGGAGUCUGCUUUGAAGGUCAUGGAGCUAUAUGGUGCCUCCCAGAGCAUUCUCGAGGUCGAAUAUUUUGAGGAGGUAGGCACAGGCUUGGGCCCCACCCUUGAGUUCUAUUCGACGGUGUCAAAGGAGUUCGCCAAGAAAAAGCUCAAGCUUUGGAGAGAGAUGGAUUCGAACGACUCUGAAGAGUACAUUUCUGGUGCGAGUGGUCUCUUCCCUCGACCACUCAGCGACGAUGAAGCCGGCGCUCCUAACGGCGAACGCAUCCUCCAACUCUUCAAGACUCUCGGCAAAUUUGUUGCUCGAUCGAUGAUCGAUUCGCGUAUCAUUGACUUGAACUUCAACCCUACCUUCUUCCGUAUUGGAGACGAUUCGUCGGCACCCGGCGUCAAGCCAUCUCUCGGCGCCGUCAAGGUUGUCGACCCUGGCCUGGCUCGGUCUUUGAAGACCAUUAAGAAGUUUGCCGUGGCCAAGAAGGAAAUCGACGAGGAUCCUUCACGCACCCCUGCCCAAAAGGUUGCCAAUACCGAGGACAUUGUCAUCGACGGAGUGAAGCUGGAUGAUCUUUGCCUCGACUUCACCUUGCCUGGUUAUCCUGAAAUCGAGCUUAUCCCCGACGGCGGUCAGGUUCGGGUCACCAUCGACAACGUAGACUCGUAUCUGGAGCGUGUCAUUGACAUGACUCUGGGCACUGGCGUUCGCCGCCAGGUCGAUGCAUUCCGAACCGGAUUCUCGCAGGUCUUCCCCUACUCGGCUCUGAGCGCCUUUACACCCGAUGAGUUGGUGACAUUAUUCGGCAGAGUUGACGAGGAUUGGUCUCUGGAGAGUAAGCUCGUCCUUCCUUUUACAACUACCGCCAUAUGUAUACUGAUCCGCUUGCCAGCACUUAUGGAUUCGAUCAAGGCCGACCACGGGUACAACAUGGAUAGCAAGAGCGUCAAGAAUCUGCUCCAGACCAUGAGCGAAUUGUCCCCCUCCGAACGUCGUGACUUUUUGCAGUUCACUACGGGUAGCCCCAAGCUCCCAAUUGGAGGCUUCAAGAGCUUGACUCCUAUGUUCACCGUCGUCUGCAAGCCGAGCGAGCACCCAUAUAUGUCCGACGACUAUCUCCCCAGCGUCAUGACUUGCGUGAACUACCUGAAACUUCCCGACUACACAGGCAUCGAAGUCAUGCGCAAACAACUCUCGACUGCCAUAAAGGAAGGCCAGGGAGCGUUCCAUCUCUCAUAG